ACUCGAAAAUCGUAUCGAACAACGAAAAAAUUGCUCUAGGACGUCUAGGACGUCUAGGACCUACCCACCCAGCCAGCCACUGACCAUGAUGGAGGAGCUCGACGACCAAUGGGGUGGUUAUGAUCCACCAAUCGGGGAGUCUGAUGGCUCCUCGCUACCCACUAGUCAACCAUUGUCCGCCAUGGCUAGCCUACACCAGGGAUCGGCAGAGGCGAAAUCCGGGUCGGGACUUGUUUCUCGGCGCGAUCCCAGUUCGAUGGCCAAACCUCCGUGCACGGACACGGGCACGGGCACGGGCACGGACACGGAUUUAGACAUUGAGUCAGAGCUCCGGCGAGAGAAGGCUGUCUUGAGAUUUACGGCGGAUUUAGCGGAUUUCGCUCAAGUGGAUUGGCCGACUCAGGAAAGUAAAAUAGAAGAGGACCUGGGUGAUUUGCUGAUUCGCCUCGACGAGUUCCAACAUUUGUUGGCCAUGAGCCAAAAUGACACGGCCACCUGUUUAUUCCAGCAAGUGCCCUCCAUAACUCAAAGUUUCCCCAACGUGGAGCGCAUCUUUCACAAAAUCGACCGAUUGGAGGUGAUGGUGGCCAAAAUCAAGACUAAUAUGGAGAAUAUGGAUAAGCUUUUAACCCAAGCGGAAAAUACCGUGGCAGGUUCCGGUAUUCGAACCUUCAUGCCGAUGCUUUUUGGUGCUGCCCGCCCGCCAGCCGCCGCCUUUAUGCCACCCAUGUCAUCAAAUCCUUCGGAGAUUCGCGUAUUUUCGACCGAUGAAUUCUACCCGAAGAUAAUGAAACCUUAAACUUAAUUUCUACCGCAAAAUGAAGAUGAUUUUGAGCUCACAAAUUCCGAAUAGUUUUCCUUUUUGUUUUUAUCAUUCAUUCAGAAUUAAAUGUUGAAUUAACCUUAA